UGCUUAUCCGCAACCUAGGAAGCUGCAAGUCCAGUCGCAUCGCGUUUCCGCCGUCUUGGUACUUUCAAUGUUCCUUCCUCGAAUUAUAAUUUGACACAACGUCAUCUCAACCGUGCUCCUACCUUAUUUCCGUCUACUCCAAACUUAACAUCUUCAAUUCCUUCUUACAGCUACGGCCGGAUUGAUUUCGAAAUUGAAGAAUAAGAGAAAAAAAACCGAAGAUGGACUUCGCACCCUACCAAUCCUCCCCACCAGAGCACAACCGUCCCUUCUCACCACCCCGAUCGACCGUCACCUCGCCGCGCGCCUCCUUCGAUAACCGACAACAGCAGCAACGAGGUGGCUUUGCUUCACCACCGCCGUUACAACAUCCGCAACCACAACGCUCUUGGCAGCCUGCGAUCCCCGGUGCUGCGUCCGCGGGUGGGUAUGCGGCGGAGGGCGGUGCGUACGUGAGCGAGUUCGAUACGAGUUUGGGCAUACGGCUGGAUUAUGAGGCGUGUCUGGCGUAUUUGGCGUUCCCGCCGCUCGGCGCGAUUAUAUUGUUGAUUUUGGAGAGGAAGAGUGAUUUCGUUAGAUUCCACGCCUGGCAAUCGAGUCUCCUAUUCACCGUCAUCUUCAUCAUACAUCUAAUCUUCUCGUGGUCGACGUUCUUGAGUUGGGUCAUCUUUAUCGCCGAUUUGGGUCUUAUGAUAUGGUUAGCUCUACGCGCAUAUCGAGAUGCAGAUACACUGGACCGAUUCGAAGUUCCUAUCUUCGGUCAAAUAGCAACUCGAAUACUGGACGACGAAUAGAGCGCGCGAAGUUUCCUGUGAUUCGAAUUGUGUGAUGAACGGCGGAUGAGGAUUUUAUUUCACUGUAUCGUAUAGAUCAAUGUUGCUGAUUAUCUAACCACCCUUACGUCCCAAGAUUUGUGACUCCUCUGCUCGAAAUGAUAUAGGCGGUUCGGCUUGCUCAUUUGAUUAGUGUGUUAGACGGCCGGGGCUACUAGGGGCAGGGACUGAUCUCCAAUAUUUUAGAAGUUCACUACUUGAAAUUGUGGAUUCAGACAAUCUAGGCUCAGUCGGUGAUAGCCCUUGGCUUGAUGUGAUCUGAGGGACUCGUCUGCAUAGGUACGCAUGGCAGAGCUAUUCGUCAUUUUAUGAUAAGUUCAAGUGUUGUUGGAGAUCAACGAUGCGUCCCACAAGCCUAUUUUUUUGGAGAAUUUCUUAUAUUUAGUGGGGUGAUGUCUAGAGUUAAGGCGGAGCCUCAUG